CAAUCGACGACGCGAGAAUCGACUUUACUAGCCCACUGGAUUCAACUUCUGGUUUUUUUGUCCAAUCUUUCGACAAAUCCUUUCACUUUCCUUCCUUUUCUAUUCCAUCCCUUUUUGCGGGAUCAUACAAACUGGACAGACACGGCUAUUAAGACAGCCUCAAUCCUUAUUUUAUUUCAUUUUAAAUAAACAAAUUGCUUUCCAGACGGACGCGCCGAACGGCGCAUUUCGCUAAAAAAUCAAAAUCAAAAUCAAAAUCGAUCCACUCAGCACUUCGACCAACUCUGCCAUCGUGUCCUCCCUUCUCUUCUCCCUUGGCAGGAUACAACAGAAUACGAUAACGAUAACGAAGAGGGAGUACUGGGAAGUUAGAAGUAUUAAGAACUACUCCUGAUACUUACAUAGCUCCUCUCGGCACACAUCCGUAUCCAUAUCCCACUCCAGCAUGCUGAUCUCCCAAUCGUGCACGCGCAACCAAGCGACCGUUAGCCACCGUCAUGGCCGACCCUCUUCACCCCGCUGCGGUUGUUUCCGGCAGCCGUGAUGACGACGAUCUUUCUGCGACAUGUCACGAGCCGGGGCCUAUGAAGUGUUGUUGUGGUUCAGUGGAGUGUGUCUUCCUGAGACACAAUUGCUCUGUCCUCGCUAGCGUCGAGAAAGACGUUCACACGGCUGCUCGAAUGGGCCAGGCCCUGCUCGCCCGCCACGAAGCUUACAUGGCCGAUGCAGAGCGGGAUCGCACCGAGCUUACCGCCCGGAUUGAACAGUUGGAAGUCGAUAACAAGGAGCUCGAGAUUAGGAACGCGAGAACGAUCGAGGAGAAUAGAAACCUACUGGAUCAACUUGAGACGCUGAACACUACCGUCGUCGAUUCCGAAGGUCGCAUUACGUCACUUGAAGCCACCUUACUCUCUUCGCAGCAGGCAGUCCGCCGCCUAGAAGGAGAAACAGCGCGUGCUGCCGCUCUAGAACGUCAGCUUGCAGCUCUGGAGCAGGAGCAAGCCGAGCUGCAAAGUUGCCUGAGCAUGUCUCGGGAGGAGGCCCGAUCUGCCGUAUCAAGAUGGAAGCGAGCUGAACGAGGCAUUAAUGAUUUGCAGGAGCAAUUGGAACGAAUGGAGAAGGAGGCGAAGGAAGAAAGAGAAUACCAUGUCGAGGUAAUGGGACGUAUAGAGAGGCAGCGUGAAAUGGAAAAGGAGUUAAAUACUGCCGCCGGUCGACUAAAGGGGGCCGCCGCAGCCAAAUCAAUGGAUCGUGGCCCCGGCAUCGGGAGCAAUGCGGUGUCGCAUUUCGUCCGCGACCUUCUCCAAGACAAUGCUAAUCUACAAUAUGGUAUAGCCGAGCUACGGGAGAUGUUGAUGAAUUCCAACGAUGAGAUUCAGGCCCUACAGAACCAGCUCAUGUACCAUCAGCCGUUGGGAGAUGACCAGAAUAACGCCACCUCAACGCUGAGCGCGGAGCUCAAGUCUGAUAAAAAUUCCCCCGGAGAGAAGAAAACGCCCAAAACUCCCAAAGAGCUUCAUAUCCAUCAUCAUUAUCAUCUGCCGAAAUCGAAGCAAGAAGCGAAGAAGCCGCGGAAGAAACGGCAAUCGCUCACACCUGGGAUAUUCACGCCGCCUGGAAGUUUUGUGCCCAGUACACCACCCAGCGGGCUGAUACGGCAUCAAUUUGGAUCGCAUGCGCAUAGGGAUUCUUUGUUAUCCAAUUACUGGUCUGCGUCUGAUUUUACACCCUCCUCUGUCCCUAGUUCGCCUUGGUCAAAUCGUCGGAAUUCUCUAUUUGACCAUCCCAUCGAGUCAUUCCCUUGCUCGCCUACUACUAGUAUCGACCCAACAUCUCCUACGUGGCACGCUAGUCAUCAGAAACAGUUUUCGAAUAUAUCAUCUCGAAGUUUUCAACUGCCUGCAAACCCAGUCUUCAUACAGCCUGCUGUCACGCACAGUCACGCGAUUAUCGAAGAAUCCGAUGACGAGGACAACCCUCCAGAUCUAACUUCAGCGACAGAUGAAUCUAUUGCAGAUGAGGCGGCAUCGUUGAGAGACGGCGACACAGUGACUGAAGAGCUUUCGCUUAAUGAUGACGCAGAUAGUCGUCAGAUGCCGCUGGUUCGACUGCGCAGACCAUUGUCGCAUGAAUCGGUGAUAUCGUUGACGGGGGGGCUUGACAUUCACACGUUGAAAUCUCGGCCUAGCCAGCUUACGAUUGGCCAGAUAGGUUCUGCCUCUUCUGUAACGGGUAGCAGCAUUGUCAUAGCACGACCUAUGCUGUCGCGCGACAACGCGAAACGAAGCAGUGUGGUGUUACGGGAGAGUUAUGGCACCUCGCCAGUGGAAAGUAUGAAUUCCACUUCAGAUUCAUCCAUGAGAGGCCUCGGGCCGUCGAAAAUUGGCAGAUGGGUAGGUUGGAGGCCCUGGGGAGGGGGAGGGGGGAAUUCUAGUGCAAGCACCGCAUCAAGCAGGAUUAUCAAAGAGAGGAAUAGCCAACAGUCACUAGGUCGCCCUCCGGGUAUCAAUCAACCUGGUGCAAUACCUGGUUUUUCGGAAUACGUAGCUGCAGCGCAACGAAGGACACCGCCAGCCAAGAUCCAACCUGAUAAUGUAGAUCGUGACGCGUUGAGAGAAGGUCUCGACGAAGGCGCACUUAGCAUACAGUCCUCCGGUUUCCCUUCGGCCCUAACCUAGGUAUCGAGAUGGUCGAAGCACACAUUUGCUAUGAUCGACAUCGUUAUUUUCUCUUUUUUUUCUUGUUUAAUCAAAUAUUGUAUAGUAUAUGGACACCUGCGUGCUCCAGGGUGUGGAGUUGCGGAGCCCCAGCUAUCGACCUAGACGAAAACCACGUGUUCGUGCGUAGCAGGAGAGGCGUUGGGCGGUAAUUUGCUGUUCUCUAGGACAACCCUGACAAGGCACGGCGAUAUGGGUUAGUCAAUAUACCACAAAGUAGGAAAUCGCAAGCAAAGAAGCCCAGGAUAGAACCUAGGGCAGAGAGCGCGGAUAUGAUACCCUCCAAGACAGCUAGACUGCUUGCUAGCUCUUGAUAUUUGUUUAUUUUCCCUUUGUUCGUGUUAUUCUAUAUUAGAAUUACCUGCUACAAAUAUUGUUAGAUAUCUCAUGUACUCCUAGUCCUAUACUUUGUAGUAUGUACUAUACAAGAUGUGGGAUAUAUACCUAAAUGAUAGGGGUAAUCGAAUAGCGAGGCGACCUCAACGCUAACAAGCAUACCUAGAUAGAAGAGAAUGUGGAAGUAAAAUAUCAUAUUGUAC